UCCUUUGGAAGGCGCCUUCCACAGCAGCACCUGGCGGGCCACCAUGACCGAGAACUCCACGACCACGCCUGCGGCCAAACCCAAGCGGGCCAAGGCCUCCAAGAAGUCCACAGACCACCCCAAGUAUUCAGACAUGAUCGUGGCCACCAUCCAGGCCGAGAAGAACCGCGCCGGCUCCUCACGCCAGUCUAUCCAGAAGUAUAUCAAGAGUCACUACAAGGUGGGUGAGAACGCCGACUCCCAGAUCAAGCUGUCCAUCAAGCACCUGGUGACCACCAGUGUCCUCAAGCAAACCAAAGGGGUGGGUGCCUCCGGCUCCUUCCGUCUGGCCAAGAGCGACAAGCCCAAGAGGUCAGUGGCCUUCAAGAAGACCAAGAAGGAAGUCAAGAAGGUGGCCACGCCAAAGAAGGCCACCAAGCCCAAGAAGGCUGCCACCAAAGCCUCAAGCAAGAAGCCCAAAGUCCCCCCAGUCAAGAAGGCCAAGAAGAAGCCGGCUGCCACGCCCAGGAAGACCAAAACUCCCAAGGUUGUCAAAGCCAAGCCCGUCAGGGUGUCCAAGCCCAAGAAGGCCAAACCAGUGAAGCCCAAAGCCAAGUCCAGUGCCAAGAGGGCGGGCAAGAAGAAGUGA